UUGUGUUCUCAACUACGCCUGAAAAAGUACUGUCAAAGAAUCUAUUGAACUACUGUUGAUAUUGAUAUGGUGCUCAAAAACAUGAUAAUAUGAGCAUCACCUUAAAAACAAAAAUGUUAAAAUAUGCUUUUAGCAAGAUUGUUAAAAUAAGCAGGAAGAUUUCUAAACCUUGCGGAUAACAUGGAAGAACAAUUCGAAAUAGGUCCAAAGUGUUUUGAAGAUGUUGACGAAAAUUACGAAGAACUAAUAAACGAACUCAGAAGCGAAUUGAUAGAGAUUAAGAAAGAUCAUGAAAAACUGAAAACAAAUUUAAUAACUGUCACGUCCGAAAAUAAUUACCUGACUCAAGAACUUCACAACGUUUUAAUCUCAAAACCUGGAAGAAUCGAAGAAAAUGCCGAACUUAUAAACAAUUUGAAAGAGCAGAUAAGUCUUUCCAUAGCAGAAAAGGAACAUUUUUCCAAACUAUGGCAAAACAGUGUACAAAUGAUCGACCAUUUGGAGGGAGAGUUGAAAGUAUUUCAAGCGGGCACAGAAGACUUCCUACCAAAGCAGCAAGUAAAAAAGCUAAAAGUAGCAUAUGAGGACAAAAUUCGUGUAUUGGAGCAGAAUUUGUCGUCGACUCAAAAGAAACUAGAAGAAUCGGUUCAACAGGUGACGUCAGAACUUGGGGCCAAACACUCCGUAAUCGACCAAUCAUUGGAAAACCAAGCGGGCGCAUUCAAAAUAGUCAAAAAUUUGGAAUCGGAGAUUUUAAAGUUACAAAACCGACUAAAGGAGUCCACUCAAGAAAACGUUCAACUGGAAAAGAUUAUUUUAAACAAAGAAAAUGUAAUUCAGGGCUUAAAACGGAAAAGUUCGGAAUGCUGGGCGAAAGUGACUGAAGCGGUUAACAUAGUUGAAGCUGCUUUAAAUGAAAAAGACGCUGCCCUAUUUCGGGAAAGAGAAAUCGCAGAAGAAAAUCAAAAAAUGGUAGAACAAAUAACGGAAAUUACGAAAAAAUACGAAGAGCGAAUAAAAAAUGAAACUGGAAUAAUCAAAGAUGAGUGCAAUCGCAAAUUAAAGGAGCUUACGGAAGAAUUGGCGCAAACACAAAACGAAGUAAAAAGAAAAUCGUUGGAGAUUGAGAAUCAAGCAAAAAAUGUAAUCCUGUUGGAACAUGAAGUUCAAAGAUUGCAGGCGGGGAACCUUUCUUUCAACGAGAGUAACACUUCAAAACUGUUGGUGCUCGAAAAAAAUUUAGAAGCUACUUUUCAAAAGUUGCUAGUUUCGGAAAAACAAAAUAUUCAGCUAAUUUCCGAACGAGAUUGUAUCAAAGGCGACCUGGAGCAGAUGGCGGGCCUUUAUGAAAGAACUUUAAGGGCCAAGGAAAUAGAAAUUGCAACAUUGAAAAAUAAGAUUACACAGCUUCAAACUGAACUGGAUACAAACAGUUCCCAAUUGGUGAAUGUAACGGAGAAAAUGUCACAGCUUAACAACAAAAUUGAAGCGACAGAAAAAGAGCUCAGAAAACAGAAAGAAAAUUUUGAAGAGUCCGUCAAGCAGCAAUAUAAUGCCAAAAUCAUAGAGAUCAAUAAGGAGUAUAAAGACAAUAUAGAGGAACUUCAAUCUCAAAUUUCGAUUAAGGAUCAAAUCAACAAAAAAUGGAGGACUGAAACCAAAGGAAUUAUUGACAAUCUAGAAAAGAUAAUUACAAACUUAAAAACAGAAACUCAUCAAGUGAAAAGGGAUAAUGGGAAGCUAAAAGAAAAGCUGAAAAAGAGUGAAGAAAAAAUUAACCAGUACAAAGUGUUUUUAGAACUGAUAUCUAAUGAUGUUAAUAAAAUUAGUGUUUUGACCGUGGACCAAGAAAGUAGGAACUGAUAUAGGCUAUUUUAUUUUUAUUAAAACUGAAGCAAUUAAAACUUGUUAAAUAAAAUAUAUUUUUAAGUUUAAUUUGUAAAUAAAAGUUUGGAAUACAAUACAAUUGCAAUACUGCUUUAACAAACAAACAAAAACUA